AUGAACAGCAGCAACAAGUUAGCGCUUUCCAAUGCAAUUCGGACCGAGGUACGGCGCUAUGAAAUUGUAAAGAACAACUUUGCCAAACUUUUUAAGCAGUUGGAGAGGGUCGACGACCUACAACUUCGCUCUGGUUUAAACGUUCACCUUCACAGCAUCCAAGCGGCGUGCACUAACAGUCAAGAAUGGACCUUCAGUCGAACCGUCCAAGAGCUCCAUCUGGGGGUGUUGGGAGGUCUCCGCAGUGGAAAGUCAGCCUUGGUCCACAGACACAUGACUGGGAGCUACCUCCCGCUAGAGAACCCAGAUGAGGGCAGGUAUAAGAAGGAGGUGCUGGUUGAUGGUAACAGUCACAUGUUGCUGAUCAGGGAGGAGACAGGACCCCCAGAUGCACAGAUGGCUAACUGGGUGGACGGGGUCAUCCUGGUCUUCAGUCUGGAGAAUGAGGCCAGUUUCCAGGAAGUGUACAGGAACUACAGCGAGCUGGGCUCUCACCGCAACAUCGCUGAGAUCCCCUUCAUAGUCGUGGGCACCCAAGAUAAAAUCACCAGCACCAACCCUCGGGUGAUAGAGGACGCCAGGGCCAGACAGCUGUGUUCAGACGUGAGGCGCUGUACCUACUACGAGACCUGCGCUACCUACGGCCUCAACGUCAACCGCGUCUUCACCGAGGCUGCCCACAAGAUCAUGGCAGUGAAGAAGCAGGCAGCUAUACUGGCCUCCUGUAAAUCCCUGCCCAACUCUCCCAGUCACUCUGGAGGCUCUACGCCAGUGUCAGGAGUCUUUCCUGGGCAGGCCAGUAAUGGUGGUCAGAGCAGUGACUACUCGUCCUCUCUGCCCUCCACCCCAGUGAUCAGUCAUAAGGAGAUCGGUGGGGCAGCAGGCGGGGAGAGGCUGGGCAGUGCCACCCCAGGGUCUGUCCACAGCGCCUCCCGGCGACGCACCGGCUCCCGCUUCACGGGCCGUAGGGGCAGUGACUCGGAGAGGAGGAGUACAGACAGUAAGACAGGAGACCUGGGCAGUGGACGCUCCAUCCCCAUUAAACAGAGUAUCCUGCUGAAGCGCAGUGGCAACUCCCUCAACAAGGAAUGGAAGAAGAAAUAUGUCACGCUGUCCAACAACGGCAUGCUCUCCUAUCACUCAAGCGUCAAUGACUACAUGCAGAAUGCCCAUGGGAAGGAAAUGGACAUGCUGCGUGUGACUGUGAAGGUGCCAGGGAAACGCCCGCCCCGCGCUGGUGCCGUCCCUUCCUGUGGCCCUCCGCCCGGCCUCAACGGCCUGGUCAAAGACGUACAGGUGCCUGAGGGGGCCAUCCCUGGUAGUGGCAGUAACCUCCUGCCGGUAGAGGAGGGGGCGGGAGGAGGGUUGUCAGAGGGGUGCAGAGGGGUGCAGCGCUGUCCCUCUACUGUCUCCUACAAGACCCAAAGUGUGGACACUGCCAUCGAGGGUGUGUCCAACCCCUCCUCCUCUAAAGACACAGGCCCCGCCUCCCCGAUGGUUGACAGGAAGAAGCAUCGCAAGAAGAAGAGCAUGAACCUGAAAGGAGACACAGCAAUUGGCCAAGCAGAUGACGAGGAUAACUUUGACUUCCUUAUCGUGUCAAGCACGGGCCAGACGUGGCACUUUGAGGCCCAGAGUGUGGAGGAAAGGGACGCCUGGGUGACUGCCAUCGAGAGCCAGAUCCUGGCCAGCCUGCAGCUGUGUGAGAGCAGCAAGAACAAGGCUCGUAAGAACAGCCAGAGUGAAGCUGUGGCGCUGCAGGCUAUCCGUAACGCCAAGGGCAACAGCCUCUGUGUGGACUGUGAAGCACCUAACCCAACGUGGGCCAGUCUGAACCUGGGGGCUCUUAUCUGCAUUGAGUGUUCAGGGAUCCACAGGAACCUGGGCACCCACCUGUCCCGUGUCCGCUCUCUAGACCUGGACGACCUGCCCAGAGAACUCACCCUGGUGCUGGGCGCCAUUGGCAACCACCUGGCCAACAGCAUCUGGGAGGGACGCACACUGGGCCGCCGGAAACCCACACCCGACGCCACCCGAGAGGAGCGGGAAUCGUGGAUCCGGGCCAAGUAUGAGCAGAGGCUGUUUGUAGCUCCGCUGGUCCCGCCUUCCCCCUCCAUGUCCCCCAGCCAGGGGUCAGAGGUCAACACGCUAUCGGCAAGUCUGCUGGUGGCCGUGAUGGAGAGGGACCUCCCCCGCCUGCUCCUCCUCCUGGCCCACAGCACCAAGGACGACAUUAACGCCCCACUCCGCCCAGGGGGUCACCUCUCUCCUCAGCCCCCUGCUGCAUUCCCCAGCUCUCCCAUGGGGGGAUCCCCCCUGCCGCCCCACUCAGCGCUGCAUGCUGCCUGCCAGCUCGCCGACGUGGUCAUGACCCAGUUGCUGGUCUGGUAUGGCAGUGAUGUGAGGUGUCGGGACGCCCAGGGGCAGACGGCCCUCACGUUGGCGCGUUACGCUGGAAGUCAGGAGUGUGCUGACAUCCUCCUGCAGUAUGGCUGCCCCAACGAGCCGGCCCCCUCGGUUGCCACAACGCCCAGCCUCUCAGUCGCCACGACACCCAGCCUUUCGCGCAAGAGCAGCGCCGCCAGCCUCAGCCGCAGCAGCAGCUCCAGAAGAGCAGUGUCUUAA